GGGCGGUCCGUGUGUGUCUGUGUUGUUGUUCGGCGGCAGCGGCGGCGGCGGUAAGAUGGCUGCCCACGGGGGCUCCGCCGCGUCCUCGGCGCUGAAGGGGUUAAUUCAGCAGUUCACCGCCAUCACCGGUGCAAGUGAAAGUGUAGGGAAACAUAUGCUUGAAGCCUGCAACAAUAAUCUGGAGAUGGCGGUCACUAUGUUUUUGGAUGGUGGAGGAAUCGCUGAAGAGCCCAGUACCAGUUCAGCAAGUGUCUCCACUGUCAGACCACAUGCAGAAGAAGAAGUUCGUGCCCCAAUUCCUCAAAAGCAGGAAAUAUUGGUGGAGCCAGAACCUCUGUUUGGUGCACAACAAAAUAAACAGAUUUUUCUGCUUCUGCACAGAAAAAAAAAUACUGAUACCCACAUAAGUGUGCAUGAAUGGUCUCCUAAAAGACGACGGCCUGCACGUUCAAUAUUUGAUGGUUUCCGGGAUUUUCAAACUGAAACUAUUCGGCAAGAGCAGGAAUUAAGAAAUGGAGGAGCAAUAGAUAAGAAACUAACUACCCUUGCAGAUCUGUUCCGGCCGCCCAUUGACCUGAUGCAUAAAGGCAGCUUUGAAACAGCCAAAGAGUGUGGCCAGAUGCAGAAUAAGUGGCUGAUGAUAAACAUUCAGAAUGUGCAAGACUUUGCAUGCCAGUGCCUCAACCGAGAUGUAUGGAGCAAUGAAGCUGUGAAGAAUAUUAUCCGGGAACAUUUCAUUUUCUGGCAGGUUUAUCAUGACAGUGAGGAAGGUCAGAGAUACAUACAGUUUUAUAAGCUAGGGGAUUUCCCCUACGUUUCCAUCUUGGACCCACGGACAGGUCAGAAGCUAGUAGAGUGGCACCAGUUAGAUGUCUCUUCUUUCUUGGACCAAGUGACAGGAUUCCUGGGUGAACAUGGGCAACUGGAUGGACUCUCUAGCAGUCCUCCCAAAAAAUGUGCCCGUUCACUGCUGCACUACCAGGUAUCAUGUCUACAUUCCAAGCAUGGACAAGGAGGGAGAGAGAGUGGUGCCUAUAUCACAAAGGAGAGCCUUAUAGAUGCAAGUGAAGACAGCCAGCUAGAAGCUGCCAUCAGAGCCUCCUUGCAAGAGACACAUUUUGAUUCUACACAGACAAAACAGGAUAGCCGCUCAGAUGAAGAAUCUGAAUCUGAACUUUUUUCUGGCAGUGAGGAGUUCAUAUCGGUUUGUGGCUCCGAUGAAGAAGAGGAGGUAGAAAAUCUUGCCAAAUCCAGAAAGUCUCCCCACAAAGAUUUGGGGCAUAGGAAAGAGGAGAACAGAAGGCCACUAACCGAGCCCCCAGCCAGGACUGAUCCUGGAAUAGCCACAAACCACCAAGGGUUACCAGGUGUGGAUUCAGAAAUAUUGGAGCUGUCACCUGAGAAAUCAGAUGGAAUAGUGGAGGGGGUAGAUAUAAAUGGACCAAAAGCACAGCUGAUGUUGCGGUAUCCAGAUGGAAAAAGGGAACAGAUCACUCUUCCAGAGCAAGCUAAACUGCUAGCUUUGGUGAAGCAUGUCCAGUCUAAAGGAUAUCCAAAUGAACGUUUUGAACUUCUCACCAACUUCCCUCGAAGGAAACUGUCUCACCUGGACUAUGACAUUACUUUACAAGAGGCAGGCCUUUGUCCUCAAGAGACUGUCUUUGUACAGGAAAGAAAUUAACACCAUAGCCUGACCUCUCUCAGCUUACCCCUUUUUUCCCUUUCCCUGUGAGAUACUAUGUUACUGAGUAUGCAUUUUGGCUCAUAGGACCACAGAGCCACAGUUGGGCAAGCAAGUCACCUGCCUUCUCUCAGUUUUAUUUCCCAUUCUCUCCUGUAAUCAUCUUCUUCUUUUUUUUCUUUCUCUGUCCUCUAUUUUCUUCUUUUUUCUACUGUUCAUUCUUUGUUUCUGUCUUUCUUUCUUACCUACUCUGGUGACCAAAUGGAAGUGUAAGGCUAAGAUGUCUCCUAGUACUGGCAACAGGAAAUGUGAGUUCCGUGAAGUGAUCUCUUACAUGGCGCUUUUUGGGGAUCAGAUGAUGACAUGGCUCCUCAGACUCCUUUGGCUAAGGAAUGGCUCGAUUCAGGAUAAGGGCCACCUCCCUUUUUCAUGAGUCUCUAUUUGUCAUUAGGAAGAAGAAAUUCUCUGACACAUGUUUUGUCUGGUGUUUCAUGUAGGAAAUAUGUAACAAAGCAUUCAGGCUUUUGUUUACAUGGAAAAAGCAUCCCUUAUAAUUAUUGUUUAUCACGUUUAAAAAUCUUAUUCAAAAGAUUCCCUUGUCUUCCCAACUCCAAAAAUGAUUUCCAUGAUAUGUGUUAUUGGUAAAAUGAGUGUUAAGUGUAGGGUGAGUGUUGUAGGGUGACUUUUAACGUCCUAACCUGAGACAGCUUCUUUCAUUACUACUCUGAAGUACAUUGAUCCUGCCAGCCCUGGGACAGACAUUUAUUGAGCAAAUUGUGGUGACUGGGGUCGGAAGGUGCUUGCUGGUUUUGCCAGUACAGCGUAUUAGUUCUUUUGGCCUCUCCAUUGUUUGGGUCCACCAGUGAUUUAAAGGAAGGCAGUUCUUCGAUAAUCAUGCAGUAAAAUGGCUUAUAAUUGUAACCACUGUGGUUACUGAUUGUCCUAUGUGCAUUAGGGCAUACUUACGUAUGUCCCAGGGGAAAAAGAAAAAGAUGCAGCUGAGAGUUGCUGACCAAGUUACUUUGGUUAGAAAUAAUGAUUCAUUUUGACCCCUGGUUGGAAGAGUUUCUAAAAGGCUCUGGUGACUAAAUGAGCUUAAAUCCUCAUGCUGUUUUGUUGCAAAAGGUGUCAAAACUUGAAAGCCUCUCUAAGGGUAAGACCUUUAAACACAAUUCAUAAAACCACAUUUACUAAAAAGGGGGGUGGGGGAAGGAAUUACCAGUAAUCUUCAAAUGUAGAUUUUUUCUGCCAGCAAAAGCCACAUUCAAAUUGUAGUUGGUUUUUUUCAAUAUUUAGAAGAGGCCAUCUUGAAUCCGUAUACUCCCGUUUACUGAUCAGCUUCACUGUGUGCUCGGCUCUCAUUUUGAGCCUUAGAGUCCUUGGAAGGGGUAAUAGUGAUUCUGGUGGCAAAAUCAGGACUUUAACUUAUUAAAACCAUGAUAUAAAAUGGACCUAUUGUGUCAGUUGGGGGUUUAGAUGGAUUCUUCUACUUGGUAUAAACUGCUGUUGCUCAGAGACCUUUAGUAGGUUCCCAUGUACUUUAAGAUCACUCUCUCGGCAACAAAAAGUGGCUUAUCUGUUGCUAGAACACAGUUACAGAAUAUGGUUUCUAAUGGUUGGAUUUUGAGGGACCCUCCCUAAAGAAUGAGUUGUGUAUCUCCUCUAGGAAAUCAUGGAAAAUUCUGUUUAUUCUUCAGUGAGUCCUUAUGAAUUAAUGUUCUUACAUUUUUUUCUAAGUCUGUGUAAGUGCUUAUGUAUAAGUAUAUAAUUGUAUAAAUAUUUAUAAAUAUAUUUAUAUAAUUACAGUUUCAUUUUUACCUUGAGUCAAAGUUCUCUCUUUAGAUUGGUGACUGAGUAAUACCACUUUGAUUUUUUUCCCCCAUAGGCUCUUGAGGCUUAACUAGCAGUUUCUGAUUUAUUGAGGAAACAUGGUUUUCAUGGUAAUUCUUCAUUUAUAUCUGACCUUGAAUAACAUACUUGCUGCCUGAAGAAUAGAGCUAUAUACUAUCAAAGGUACAUUUGGGAGUAAGAAAAUUGUUGGUGGUAGACAGGAACCAGGGUCGGAAAUCUAAAAAUUCAGGGAGGCCCAGGUAAGAAAUGAGGGUAUGCUCAGCUUUGGUGCUGUGAUAGCACCCAUCUCCACUCUCAGCAAAGCCACAGCUAAAGCCCAAAUCUGUCAAAAAAGUGAAGUUUAGAGUUUUCCCUAUAGGGCUUUGUUUCAUUCUCUCAACUACUAGCUUCUGUUUAUAAAAUACAUCCAGACAGCCUAAGAAGACAUGUUCUUUAAUAACAACAUGUAGUUCAUUUUGAUAAGCUCAGCCGUGGCAUAUCCAUUUAUGAGAAAACCAAAGUGACUGUUUCAAGUUGGAUUAUUAUGAGAUGACCAAGUACAUAUAAAGUGAUUUAAAUAAGCGUAUCAGAGAAAUAGGACUUAGGACAUUCAUCCAACUUAGGCAUAACUAGGGAGUUUAAAGUAUGAGGUGUACAAGAUUUUAUUUUAUUUCAUGACAGGAGUGUAAUUAUCCUGGGGUUAAUGUAGAGGCCUAUAGGGGAAGAGGCUAUAGAUUAUACAUGGGAAGAGUAUAACUUAAUCCACUUAGAGAGUAUGCUUCCUCCAGUUUGUCUUACUUCCUCUACAAGUUCCUUUGCUCUUUGGGGGAGAGGUUUUAUUGAAUAGAUUAAAGAGUUCAGUAAGAUUAGUUUUUUAAAAAGCUGUUCCUUGUAGGUUUUGGGAACAGUCUGAAAGAGUGUUUAAAAGGUGCGGAGGAAAAGAACAAGAUAGACUUGGAGAGUGACAAGGGGACAAAUACAGGGAAAUGAAAUGAAAACUAAUGGGGAGAAAGUAAGGAGAGUACUUUUUAAAAUCUGUUUUAAGAAGGAGCCACCCAAGAGAAGAAUAGUGCCCAGUGAGGGAAAGAGAGGGAGCUAAUUUUGAGUGACCAGCAUGUGCUAAGUACUUCGUGUGCAUUAUCUCCCUUAAUCUCUCUGAGAACCCUACAAAAGGUAUAUUUUUCUCAUUUUGUAGAUAAGGAAGAAAGUUAAGGCUCACGAGAAUUGGUCCAGAGCGUCACAGCUAGUAAGGGGAGGUCACUCUACCGUGCUGUAUUCUCCUACAACAGGGGCGUCAGUUUACUCAAAAGAUUGUCUUGUUUGUCUAUGUAAAUUAUCAUUUGCUUUCAUUUCCUUAAUGGUAGGGGAAGAGUUGAGAUAGAGCUUGUGGCAUCUACCCCCUCCUCCAGUUGCCUAUAAAUUCUUUCUUAUGCCAUUAUUUCGAGGGCUGAAUUAUUUAUUGCUUUUUAAAAAAAAAAGAAAAAUGAUGCUCUGAUGAUAAUGUGGAAGGGAAAUAACUGUGGCAUUAUUUGCCAAGAAUAAAUGGAAAAGAUAAUCGAUUUUAUCAAUUUUUUAUACCAUUUUUAGGAAAAGAUACAGUUGUCUUCUGUGUCCCGUCCAUACCAGAUUAUUGAUCCUUCUAUGUGGAUGUUUUUUUCAAAUUUGUGGCAAAAUUAUAAUUCCUUGGCUUUGUAAAUCAACAGUUAUUUAUUGAGUCCUUAAUCAACAUUAGACAAUUUUUGAAAUAAAAGGUCUGGUUUUGCCUAUUUUAUCCAAUUGGGGAGAUGUACCACAUAUAAGAUAGUCUGAGAACAUGUUAAUGCUUACUUUUCUGACUGAACUAUAAUUACAAUGGAAGUUUCAAAAGGGGAGAGAAUAGUGUAGGUUUUAGUUAGGACGGUCUUCUCAAAGAAAUGAGUGAAAGGUGGCAAACACUACAGCUCAGGUUUUCUUUUAACUCACCUAUCUUCAUUAGCCUCACCUUUCGUAACUGCUAGACAUAGGGUGUACCAAGGACCCCAGUAGGAAAGAGUUAUUGAUCCCAGGACUAAAGAUUCUUAGCCAGCAGAGAUCUCACUUGGACACUCAGCGAAAAUAUCAGAGGGAGGUACUAGCAACUGAAAAAUGAAGGAAAGGUUUAAUUUCUCUAUCCAGAUGCAAAUUAAAUACAUAUGUGAUAUAUGGAAAGGGCACCAUUUGUUGGCAUAAGUGCACUUGCGUAACGGUUCUGCUGCUAUGUCACUGUUAUCUUGGCAGGUCUCUCUUCUCUGAGUCUCAGGUUCCUUCUCUGAAAAUGAGAGAAUUGGACUAGAUCAAUAGUUCUCAGUCUUUUCAAGUAAAAGGACUUGUGAUUUCAAAAAUUGGCAGGGGUGGGGAAGUAUGGGGUUAGGUAUUAUAUCAUCAGUUUCGUAGACGGAGAAAAUGUAAAUGUGCGUCUGGAAUUGGAGACCCCUUGCAGAAAUUCUGGGGACCCAUGGGUUAUAGACCACUGAAUUAGAUUGUCUCUGAAGUCCUUCUCCACUCUGAAAUUUUAUGCCUCUAGUCUCUCCCCUUUGUUAUAUGUUAUCCCUAACCAAAAAAACCAAACCCACUGCCGUCGAGUCGAUUCCGACUCAUAGCGACCCUAGGCUAACUAAAAAUGUACUUGUUAAUCAGUUCAUUUGCUUUUUUCCUACGUCGAGAUAGGUAUCAUUUGCCCCAUGACUUGAUCUAACCUCACUGUGAUGACUGCAAUCUCCAAAAUGGAGAAAAUAAUAGUUAUUUCUAGAUCUUUUAAACACCAUUAAUUUUUAAAAUUUAAUGCUGUGGUCCUAAUCAGGGUAUUACUAAAAUUUCAUUAGUGAGAAUCAAAUAUUCCAGUGACACUGGAGUUAAAUUUUAUUUUACCUUUGUGGUUAAAGAAAGCACUUUGCUGGCUGAGCAAUCGUCGAUUUGUGUAAGUUGUAGAAUUCACACUUGGUUUUAGCAGAAACAACUUUUUAAUGAACCUGACUUUUAAAAUACUUCUUAUCUCUUAGAGUAUAUCUCCAUCGUGUGACUCUUUUUUUCUUUAUUUUUCUGGCCCUCUUUCAUUUAACUACUCAGUAGUAAAUCAUGGGAUGCAUAUUGCUAGAUUAGUAAAUAAGGUCUUGUGUAAAACCAAAUGAGGAUAAGAGGAACCAACCCUUCUGAAUUUUCCAAUAAUGUAAGACUUGAUGAAUAGGCUACUUAAAGAUAGUAUAUUAUGAAUAUUCAGCUACAUUGGUCUGCCUUGCUUAGCAUUUCAGUUAUUGUCUUGCCAUGAAAACCUUAGAAUGACAUGGUACAUAUCUUAAAGUAGUGGCAAGAAUGUUCGUCCUCUAGGACUGAAAAUCACCAACAGAGAAUACGAUACCAGUAUGUUGGUAUCUCCUGCCCUGUGGAGAUUUGGCAUUUCAGUGAUGGUUAUUUCGGCCUUGGACUCACUUUUGUAUCAGUCCUGUUACAGCUUAGAAUUAGUAGUGUUUACAGAGAAUAUGAUAGCUUUGGUAGUUUUCCCAUGAACUAAACUCAAUGUGGUUAGGUUAUUGGAUGUGAUGGUUGGACCCUUAAUUAGAAAAUCUUUGAAUCUUCCUUUUUCUUUGACUUCUCAGUUCUCUAUUCUUAAAUUUUGACAUCCAUUUCCUGAGAAUUAAUCAUAGUUUUUAAAGUAAUUUCCUGUUUAAGAAAGUCCAUUUUAAGUCUUAAUAUGUUAAAUUAAACUUUUUUUGUAUAUAAAUUAGUAUACAAGGAAAGAAUUUGAGGCAAACAUCCUUAUAGCUCAUUUUCUCUCACUUAAGGAGAAUUCUCUUAUUUCAAAUAGAAAAUGUCGAGCUUCAUGACAACCCUCUCCCUUCUUUUGGCCUACAGAAUACUAUUGUGCUGCUCCUCAUCUCAGUCAUUCUCAUAAAUGUGAUAAAUUUGGGGACAGACCCUUCUUAGCCAUAUGAUCUAAAAGUAAACUUGGGAGAUCCAGUAUAUGAACUAUCUUACGUACAUAAUUUAACAUCUUACAUAAUUUAACAUCUCUAUAAUGAGGUAUUUUUUAAAAAAAAACAAACAGAUUUACUUGUAGGAUUACAGAUGCAAAUACCAAUGGUAGUAUUUUGCCUAAGAACGACCACAUACUCAUUUAAUAUACAUGGGAAGUGGCCUUGUACUUAAUUCUGUAGCAACAAACAGCAAAUUUUUGUGAUAUACUCCCUCUCUAGAGAUCAAAAUGCCCUGCGAUUUUAUAUCCCUCAUAAAGUCACUUGAGUUUUCAAAUAGGAAGAACAGUUAAGCUGAACUGAACAUAGUAAGUACUAUUUUUUUAUCUCUAUCAAAAGAAGUUGUUACAUGGUAAAUAAAUGGGAAGCAUUUCAAAUUGUUAGGUAAAUGGUGACCUGGAAUUGAAUUCUCCCUUACUUAAGAUGUUUUAUUUGCUUUUUUCUAGACCCAGUAUGGGAAUUUGAGCUGUUAAGGGAGAGAUUCUUUAUCCAGAACCAUUCCCUGCCAUUUGGCUUUUUUCUCCACCAAGGUGGCUGGCUUUAUAGUGCAGAUCACCAGGCUCCAUUUCAAGUUUGUGACACUGGAAUGUGACGCCCAGUUGGAUAUCUUGCUGUUUCCAACAAAAUGAUUUCAUAGUGUGCUUUUUCAAAGCUUUGGCAUUCUUGAUAGUGGAAACUCAGUACAUGAAAUGGUGUGAUUUCAAAUAUAAGUAGGUUUAUGACACUAAUCAUAUGCCCUUAAUAAUCACUUUUUGAUAAUUUACUGCCCUGUAAGUUAAGCCUCACAUGGAGUGACCAUUGGCACUAGAAAAGCCUGUUUUACUUGCUAAUUAGAGAGAAAGUAGCAUGUGAUCUCCACUUUUCAGCUGAUGAGUAGCAAGCUUGUAAUGGGGACUGUUUAUCUUACCCAUUUUGGGACCUGGGCCUUGGUACUCUCCUAGGUUUGCCCUCCUAAGUUUGGAAACCUGUUGGGAAGCAGUAAAGCUAUGAGAUGA